AUGUCUAAUUCUACACAGUUCACAACUAUUAUACUGGCUGGGUACAUCGAUAUUGGAAAUAUUAAAUAUUUUUAUUUUACUCUCCUGACUGUGUUAUAUGUAGCGAUUAUUUUUGCAAAUGUGACACUAAUCGGACUUAUUUGUGUGGAGAGGACGCUUCAUGAGCCCAUGUAUGUGUUACUUUGCAGUUUGUGUGUUAAUGAGUUAUAUGGGAGCACAGCAUUUUUCCCAGCUUUUUUAAUUAACCUUUUAUCCAGCACCCAUGAAAUCGCAAUUGCUUUCUGUUAUGUACAGAUAUUUUCUUUGUACACGUACGCAGCUGUUGAAUAUUGUAAUUUAGCUGUUAUGUCUUAUGAUAGAUAUGUCUCUAUUUGUUAUCCAUUGCAAUAUGGCAACAUCAUGACAGGUAAAAACGUGUUUAUUUUAAUUGUACUGAUAUGGAUGGUAUCGUUUGUCAAAUUCACCAUUACUCUCUCUUUGAAUUUACGUUUACAGUUGUGUGGUAAUAUUCUAGAGAAAGUAUGGUGUGACAAUUAUCUCAUGGUCAAACUGGCUUGCUCUGAUUCAACAGUCAAUAACAUUUAUGGGAUCGUUGCUCUCAUCCCAUCUGUAAUUGUUCCAGUGGUCCUCAUUUUGUACUCGUAUAUUAAGAUUUUGAAAGUCUGUUUAAGGUCUUCCAAAGAGACCACACAAAAGGCCAUGAAUACCUGUACACCUCACCUUGUGUCACUAAUGAAUUUCUCUUUAGGAUGUUCCUUUGAAAUCUUCCAAAGUAGAUUUGAUAAAGUACAUAUGCCUAAUGUUUUACGCGUUGUAAUCUCUGUUUACUUUGUGAUUUGCCCUCCUCUGCUCAAUCCUGUGAUGUAUGGAAUAAGGAUGAGUAAAAUUAGAAAAGUGUUAAGCAAAUCAGUCUACCGCAUAAGGAACUCUCGCUAA